AACACUCUAUUCCUCACUGCUCUUUCUACACCCUACACUCUCCACCAUCUCAGUAGUUUUCACCAGCACACAUGAACAUGUCGUCCUCUUCUUCUUGACUCAUUGACGUCCCUGAAGUAAUCUUCUCGAGCACACUGUGGUCUAAUGACAAUUAUACUCAGCUCAAUCUGCAAAAGCUCUCAAAUUGCUGAUCAGCUGAAAGGGUUCUCGGGGCUCUUGAAAUAGCCCAGUUCGUGGUUUGUCUCUUUACCCGGGUGAUCUAUACAUACAAUUAGAGAUGGCGAAGAACAGUGCUAUUUCGAUGUUGCCCCUCUUGUUACUAGUCCUCUUCCUCAGCUCACAUGCUCCGGAGGGAUCAGAUGAAUAUGAUGAUCAAGGGCUUCUCUUGUCCUUCAGGGCCUCCAUUGAUGACCCACUGAGGUCUCUAUCCAACUGGAUCAAUUCAUCAGCUUCUCCUUAUUCUUCCACUGGUUUCUGCAAGUGGAGUGGUGUGACCUGCGACAAUUCAUUGUCUCAUGUGUCCAAGAUCGAGCUCUCUGGGAAGAACAUGUCUGGCAAGAUUGAGCCAUCGAUAUUUCAGAUGGGUCACAUACAAGAAAUUGACCUCUCCAACAACAAGCUCUCCGGUGAGAUCCCCCACAAUGUAUUUUCUUGCUCCACCCUUAGGCACCUCAACCUCAGCAACAACAAUCUCACUGGUCCGAUCCCAAGCGGCUCAAUCGCCCACCUGGAGACCUUGGACCUGUCAAACAACAUGUUGUCAGGGAAAAUCCCUGAACAUAUUGGGAUGUUUUUUAGCCUGAAGGUCCUUGAUCUUGGAGGCAACGUCCUGACGGGUCGAAUCCCUGCAUGGAUAUCGAAUAUCUCAUUCUUGGAGGUCUUGACCUUGGCCUCUAACCAACUGGUGGGUGAAAUCCCAAGAGAGCUAGGACAACUGAAGAGCUUGAAGUGGAUAUAUUUAGGGUACAACAACCUCUCUGGCCAAAUCCCGAGUGAGAUCGGUGAUUUGUCCACUCUGAACCAUCUUGAUCUUGUCACCAACAACCUCACUGGUCCAAUCCCACCAUCUCUAGGAAACCUCAGUGGUCUUGAGUACCUCUUCUUGUACCGGAACAAGCUCACAGGUCCAAUUCCUAGACCCAUAUUUGGCCUCCAGAAGCUGAUCUCUCUUGACCUGAGUCAAAACUCCCUCUCUGGUGAAAUCCCUGAGCUCAUAAUCCACAUGCAAAGCCUGGAGAUUCUCCAUCUUUUCUCAAACAACUUCACAGGGAAGAUACCCAACGUUUUGUCCUCCUUGCAUAAGCUUCAAGUCAUCCAACUCUGGUCAAAUGGUUUCUCAGGCCCAAUUCCUGAAGGCCUAGGUAAGCAGAACAACCUGAGUGUGCUCGACCUCUCCACUAAUUCCCUCACAGGGAAGAUCCCAGAAGGCUUGUGUGGUUCAGGCAGUCUCUUCAAGCUCAUCCUCUUCUCAAACUCACUUGAAGGAGAGAUCCCCAAGCCUUUGAGCUCCUGCAAGAGCCUCCGGCGAGUCCGGCUCCAGAACAACCGCCUCGACGGAGAACUGUCCCCCGGGUUCACAAGACUGCCGCUCGUGUACUACCUUGAUGUAUCAAGCAACAACCUGUUAGGCAAGAUUGGGGAGCAGAGAUGGGACAUGCCCUCACUUCAGAUGCUGAAUUUGGCAAGGAAUGGAUUUUCAGGGAAUUUGCCUGUGGGCUUUGGGAGUGAAAAUCUUGAAAAUCUGGACUUGUCAGAAAAUGGGUUCUCAGGGACAAUUCCUAGGAGUUAUGGGACAAUAUCAGAGUUGAUGCAACUGAAGCUGAACAACAACAAGCUCUUGGGCAAUAUCCCUGAAGAGUUGUCCUCAUGCAAGAAGCUUGUAACCCUAGACUUGAGCUCCAACCAACUCGGCGGCCCAAUCCCUUCGAGCAUCUCUAACAUGCCGGUCCUCGGUGACCUCAACCUCUCGGAGAACGAAUUGUGCGGUGAGAUCCCAUCAAACUUAGGGAAUGUCCAGUCACUUGUUCAGGUAAAUAUAUCCCACAAUCGCUUGCAUGGCAGCUUACCACCCACCGGAGCGUUUCUCGCCAUCAACGCAAGCGCUGUUGCAGGCAACGACCUGUGCAGCAGCGAUGUGGCCACUGGCCUGCCACCAUGCGAAGGCACAAAGGGCUCUGCACUGUGGUUGCUGGUUGUUUGCUCGCUCGCAGCCUUAAUGGCGGCUGCUCUCUCUGCCUUUGCAUUCAUGGCCAUUCGACGGAGAAGGCAGUUCAAGCCAAAGAGAGUGGAGAGCAAGGACGGGGCGUGGGAAAUGCACUGCUUCAACCCCAAGCUUUCGAGGUCGAUAACGUUGGACGACAUCUUGAAUUCAGCCAAGGAAGAGAACAUCAUCUCUAGAGGAAAAGAGGGGAUCUCCUACCGAGGUAGAUCAAUCACAAAGGACAUGAAGUUUUUCAUGAAGGAAAUUAAUGAUAUCAACAUCUUGGACUCGCCGAGUGUGACGAUGGAGGUUCUUCAACUAGGGAAGCUUAAGCAUCCCAAUAUAGUGAAGCUCAUGGGACUGUGCACGUCACAUAAAAAUGGCUUCUUCAUUUAUGAGCACGUUGACGGCAAGAGCUUGAGCGAAUCCCUGCGAGGACUAAGUUGGGAGAGGAGGGGUAAGAUCGCGAUCGGGGUAGCGAAAGCGCUCCGCUUCUUGCACCAUGACUGCUCGCCGUGCAUCGUCGGCGGCGACUUGCGGCCAGAGAAGAUUAUGGUGGACAAGAAGGACGAGCCACGCCUGAGGUUGAGCUUUCCCGGGAUGCUUUGUACGGACAAGUAUAAGUGCUUCAUUUCCUCUGUCUAUGUUGCCCCAGAAGCUGGAGAAACCAAAGAAAUCACUGUGAAGAGUGACAUCUAUGCCUUUGGUCUCAUCCUCAUCGAAAUGUUGACCGGAAAAUCACCGGCCGACGCUGAAUUAGGCAUGCACAAGAGCAUCAUAGAGUGGGCUCGGUAUUGCUACUCGGACUGUCAUCUUGACGCGUGGACCGAUCCCGUGAUCAAAGGGACUACAUUGCAUCAUCCGAACGAGAUGGUGGAAACCAUGAACUUGGCUCUUCAAUGCACCGCAAGCGAUCCCUCGGCAAGGCCAUGCGCCAGCGACGUAUACAGAACCCUAGCUUCCGUACUGAGGAGGAGUUCUUGUGUUUUAGCCCUAAAAUUUUCUUCGCUUGCUUAGGGGUUUUUUUUUUCUUUUGCCUCCAUGAUUUUGGGUUCUUUUUCUGUUUAUCUGUCAAAUUUUGGAAGUUUUUUUCCUUUCAUGUUUUUUUUUGGUCCGAAACUAGAGAAAGGGUUUGAGUAUAGUUCUUGUGACUCAAAUGCUUUGUUUGAUGGGAUGUAUUGACAUGCACUACUGAGUGUAAAGGUGUAGAUAGACUGAUGCAAUGUAAUAUUAUAGACUAUAGGUUUUUCUCUA